AUGUUACUACUGACAUCUUUCUUUCUCUCUUUCUUUCUUUCUUUCUUUCCUUCUUUUCUUCCUUCCUUCCCUCCUUCCUUUCUUUCUUUCUUUCUUUCUUUUUUUCUGUCGUUCUGUAUCUGCUUUUCUCCUUUUUUCCUUCUUUCUUUCUUUCUUUCUUUCUUUAUUACUUACUUUCUUUCUUUCUUUCUUUCUUUAUUAUGUUGUACUUUCUUUUUGCUGUUCUGUCUCUCUCUCUUUCUAAUUUCCUAUUUUCCUUUUUCUUCUCUCUCUCUCUCUCCCUCUAUCUCUUUCUUUCUUUCUUUCAAUAUUAUUAUUUGUUUCAUUUUCUAUCCCAUUCCCAAAAUCCUUCUCGGUUUAUUUUUCAUUGUUUUCUUAUUCUUUCUUUUCUCUCAACAUCAUUUCUUUCUUUCUUUCUUUCUUUCUUUCUUUCUUUCUUUCUUUCUUUCUUUCUUUUUUUUAACUCCUUGUCACUUUCUUAGAUUUCAUACCUGUAUUUCUAUUCCCUUCUUUAUCCUUUAUGUCGCCAUUUUCCUUUUACUUUCUUUCUACGUUUCACUUUGUAUAUUUGUUCUGUCUCUCUCUUUUUCUAAUGUCCUAUUUUCCCUUUCGCUCUCUCUUCUUUCUUUCGUUCUUUCUGUCUUUCUUUCUGUCUUUCUUUCUUUCUUUCUUUCUUUCUUUGCCUCACUUUUCCUUCUGAAUUAUUUUUUCUUUCUUUCUUUUUAA